GCACAAUUUUUGGGCCUGCUUAUCAGCCAUGUGCCGCCGCAGCAGGGGCACAAGCGCCGCCAGACGACAGCAUUAAUAACGCAUUGACACAAGGGCGAAGGGAGUGGGAGUGGGAGUGGGAGUAGGAGUUGGAAUUGGAGCUGCCACACCCCACAAUUAAUUGAGCAGCGACUCCGCUAGCAUGUUGCAAGGCAACGACACCAACGAUGAUGGCCUCAAUCAAUCAUUCAUGGCUCAUGUGCCCGCACCCCCCCAUCAGAGCCCUGCCGCCGCCGCCAUGCUGCAGAAUGACAAAUUCCUAACACAUGUCGCCCAUCUGCUCAACAUAACGACGGAGAAUCUCUCGAACUUGCUCAGCUCCGACAAGGGCAGCAAUGGCAGCGGCCUCUCGGCCGACACGCCCGCGGACAAUUCCCUGGCGCUGCUCACCAUCCUCACCGUCUGCUAUGCGCUCAUCUUUGUCGCCGGAGUGCUGGGCAAUCUCAUCACCUGCAUUGUGAUCUCUCGCAACAACUUUAUGCACACGGCUACGAAUUUCUAUUUGUUCAAUUUGGCUGUGUCCGAUCUGAUUCUGCUGGUCUCAGGCAUUCCGCAGGAGCUGUACAAUCUGUGGUACCCCGACAUGUAUCCCUUCACCGAUGUCAUGUGCAUCAUGGAGAGCGUGCUCUCGGAGAUGGCGGCCAAUGCCACGGUCCUCACCAUCACCGCCUUCACCGUGGAGCGUUACAUUGCCAUCUGUCAUCCAUUUCGGCAGCACACCAUGUCGAAGCUGUCGCGGGCCAUUAAGUUUAUAUUUGCCAUUUGGCUGGCGGCCUUUUUGCUGGCCCUGCCCCAGGCUAUGCAAUUCUCGGUGGUCUACCAGAACAAUGGCUACUCCUGCACGAUGGAGAACGACUUCUAUGCCCACGUGUUUGCCGUGUCCGGCUUCAUCUUCUUCUGUGGACCCAUGACGGCCAUUUGUGUGCUCUACGUCCUCAUUGGUGUGAAGCUGAAGCGGAGUCGCCUGCUGCAAUCGCUGCCGAGACGCGCCUACGAUGCCAAUCGCGGCCUCAACGCCCAGGGACGAGUCAUCAGAAUGUUGGUAGCUGUAGCCGUCGCCUUCUUCCUCUGCUGGGCGCCCUUUCACGCGCAGCGUCUGAUGGCCGUGUAUGGCUUGUCGCUGAUUAACAUUGGGAUCAGUCGGGAUGCCUUCAACGAUUACUUCCGCAUACUUGAUUACACAUCCGGUGUGCUCUACUUCCUCUCCACCUGCAUCAACCCGCUGCUCUACAACAUUAUGAGUCACAAGUUUCGUGAGGCCUUCAAGAUCACGCUGACGCGGCAGUUUGGGCUGGCCAGGAACCAUCACCACCAGCAGAGCCAGCAUCAUCAGCACAACUACAGUGCGCUGCUGCGGCAGAACGGUUCGAUGCGGCUGCAGCCGGCUGCCAGUUGCAACAACAACGCCCUGGAGCCGUACGGCUCGUACCGCGUGGUGCAGUUUCGCUGCCGUGAUGCCAGCCACCAGCUGUCGCUGCAGGACAGCAUACGCACCACCACCACGACGACGACUAUUAACAGCAGCAGCAUGGGCGGAGGCACAGCCAACGGGCCGGGCAGACGCAUCCGCAAACAGGACUUCUACGGCACAGGGAGUGCCGUGCCCCACCGCAUGCUGGCGGCUCAGGUCUCGCAAUUGUCCUCGCUGGGCGAUGCCAACUCCCUGCUGGAGUCCGAUGUGGUGGAUGUGGGUCGCCACUAUGCUUCGGGGCGUGCCAAGCGCGCUCUGCUGGCCACCAAAAGCGGCGCCAUGCUCGUGACGCCCGCGACAACGGAGCAGCCCGAGAACAGCCAGCCGGCCACACGCCUCAAGCUAUCCCGUGUUAUCAGUCGUCGCGAUGAGGCAGUGGCAGCAGCCACAGCUGCAACAGCGCCCUACAGCAGCGGCAGCCACAGCCUGCCCGACCCGGAGACCCUGCAGGUGGGCGGCACGUUGCGCGAAUCGCGAAAGUUUCCCUGGCGAAAGCGGCGACAGAAGCAGGACGAUGCGCCCUCCUCCCAGUGAGCAUGUCGACAGAUAGCCAGGGCUAUGCAUAGUUUAGGCAUUGUUUAGUUAGCACAAUAAAACUUUCUGAUCUGAGCAAACUUUCUCCGGCUCGAAAUCGUGAGCUCCGGCGAUUUGCAUGCAAAUUUCGUGUUUUUUUUUUGCCAAUUGGCCAUAAAAAUAAAAUCCACAACAUGGAAGGAGACGCUGGUGACUGGCCAGACGAUUUAUGAGUGGGAUUUAUAAGCGCGGCUAAUGAGGCAACAAAGUGACGUGACGAACGAAGUGGCCAGCCGCCCCGCGAGGCAUCCUUCACCUCCUCCUCUACUGCAGCGUCGUAAAUUAAGUGUUAAGUGUUGAGCUGCGAGUAAAUAACACGCAUUCAAAAACUAAAUAAGAAACUGAAUAAAAAACUGAAUAAAAACUU